CAUGAUAAGUAAAAAUUAAUAGUCUGAAUGCACUGUAAAUCGCUUUGGAUAAAAGCGUCUGCUAAAUGCAUACAUUUAAUUAAUUUAAUUUUUUAAAUAUAAAAUAAAAAACAAAAAUAAAAAUAAAUGCAGGCUUGGUGAGCACAAGAACAUUUCAAAAACAUAAAUAAAAAAUAAAAAAUUCAUAAUUAUUCCAAAAGUUUGACCAACAGUGCAUAUACUCAGUGGAGAGUAAGAACAUGGUGCUAAUAUCUUGGUUGCAGACUGAAAAGUGUUGGUCCAACUUUUAAUUCAUCGCUACCCACAAAGUCAAAAUAGUGCUAUAAUUAAAAACAAAUCUUUUUCUGUAUAGAUCUAGUUUUAGAGCUUGCAUUACUUGACCAUUUUCUCCAUCGUGGUGUUAGUAAAAUAGUUUAAAGCCCAGAUAAGAGAAUUAAUGCAGUUUGCCUCCAGGUUGUGUUGUGAGUGGUUUUCCUGAAAGAAUUGAACUGAGGGACAAAUGGACACUCCAUUUCUGUAUAGUUUAUCAUUAUUCUGUCUGAAAAGCAGGGGCUUAGAUUCACAAAAAAACAUCAGUUAGUCCAUAUCAGUGCUGUAAUGGAAUCUUUAACCGUUGUUUGAAUGAAUCCAUGCCCCUGCUGUGAGGUUUCUGUGGAUUCUCUUUAAUGUUUCACAUUUCUAAUAAAUCACUGCAUGUAUGAUCCCAUUAUGACAGCAGUUAUGACUUCCUGUUUGACCUCACAGAUAAUGAUGACUUCCUCUGUUAUUUCCAAUAAACGGAGCACAUAUUCUCUUGAGUCCCUCUCUGUGUGUCCCUUGUUUUCGUCUCCACCCGUUCCUCCUCAUGCACAUCCCAUCCCAUCUGAAUUCAGCACCUGAGACGGCUGAUGUCCCGUCGUCUGAACACCGUCACUAACUCCACCCUCUACUGCAGAUUUAACCUGCACACUCUCACAGAAAGAGUUCAGAAGUACUGUUUUUUCACAACCUAUUUAAAAUGUUCUGAAUAAAGGGUUAAUAUGCACCAUUUUAAUACAGUAUUGGAACAUGCUUUAUUUAAGGUGUCCUUAUUACAGUGUGAUUAUAUAAGUACUCAGUAAUAUUAGUUAUCAUGUAUUUUCUAUAUGGUUAGGGUUUGGUUUAUAGUUGCAUGCAAUUGUGCAUAAUUACUGUUAAUAAUAAAGUAAGUACGAGUAACAUGUAACAAGGACACUGUAAAAUAAAAUGUUACAUUAUAUUUCAUUAACAAUACGUGCAAAGAAAGAGAUUGCUGGCUGCACACUGAAUUGGGUCCAGACUGGAGAAGAUCUAGCAAAAAUAUAUUUUAUUUAUAUAUUUAUUAUUUUAUUUAAACUACAUAGUGCAAAAAGUGCACAGUGAGUUAAAACUGCAACAACGAUUCAUUUGCAUUGUGCUAUGUAGUUUAUUAUAUUUUUGCUAGACAUUCUUCACCCUGGAUUUAAUUCAGUGUGUGAGCAGCAAUCUUUCUUUGAAUUUUUAUUGUUAUUGUUUUUGGCUUUGCACACCUGAAGCAGAUUGAGUUCUACUCAAUUGGAGUGCAACAAACUCUUUUAGUACAUUAACAAACUGUAGAAAUUCUAACAUGUUGAAAAGCAAAAAAUGUAUUUAUUUAUUUAUUUAAUGCUGCUUAUCUUGAAAAACAACUAAGAGGGAUUUCAUUUCAUUUUUUUACGAAUCAAAUUAAAUUAUACAUUUGUGCUACAUUGAAAAACAUUCAUGUAUAUGCAUCCCUAAAUUCAAGUCAUAAAAAAGUUAUAGUUUACUAGUGUAAAAAUAUAAAACAUUAGCACCUAACACUAUAGUUAAUUAUUUCUGCAGCUGCAUAUUAUUCACACAACUGUCAAAAAAUUAAAAAUAAACAGAAGUAAGAAUAGAUUUGCAUUAUGCAGUACAUUUUAGCAACUUACUGCAUGCAUGCACUUUUGGUCAGAGACAAAAGAAUACAUGAUCAACUCACAUCACCUCAAAAGUUUUAAAUAUAACAGGUCUUCUCUAUCUUGCUAUAUUUGACAAUUUAAGGCUGUCAAAUAGUAUUCAACAAAGAAAAUCAGGAUUAACAUGAAAACUGCAUUUGUACGCCCACGUAACUUGUGCCUCUUGCUCUUACCAGUUGAAUGUGAUCGAAAACAUGGGUGAUUUUGGUGUGGUGUCAUAUCUGGCCGAUGCCGACGGAAACGUGAUUGUUGGACCUACAGCUCCUGUGCCCACGUGUCGUUCAACAACACCUUCAAACAGAUCAAUUCCCACACCAGCCAGCCCAGUUACCCCAACUCCAACAUCAACCCCGGCUAAUACAAACCCUCAAAAUAAAACUACAGCUACCCCGACCCACCAAAAUCAAACCCCAGGUACACCACGCCCCUCAGCCCCACCUGCUCAGAUCCCCGAAUAUCAGUCCCCAGGUUCCCCGAUCCUCUCAAACACAUCCACUCCUCAACCCUCCACUCCCACCGCAGGUGAGAAAUCAAUGAAUAUGUCAACGGAUGAUGAGCAGAUUAUGCUGAAAGGGACAGAGCUGGUUGAAGUCAUUCAUCUCACAGAAAAUGUUUCUGGACCAGAGACCACAUCUCCAUCAGAACCAGACGAAUGCACAGCAGCUCUCAAAAGCGAAAACCAUGAAAAUGUGUGUGAAAAAAAAGAUGACUAAAAUGCUUGCGGACACAGUUUGUAUUUGUGACCAUAGACCACAAAACCAGUCUUAAGUGUUAAUUUUUUCGAAAUUGAGAUUUAUACAUCUUCUGAAAGCUGAAUAAAUAAGCUUUCCAUUGAUGUAUGGUUUGUUAUGAUAAGACAACAUUUGGCCGAG